AUGCCGACUCUUCAGGAAAGAAUCAUCAUCGCCUCUAUUUUGGUGUCGCUGAUUUGCACCAUUCAGGUCAUUUCGCUGCCUGUACGUGAAGACAUCAGAGGUCUUCUCCAGCGGACCAAACGCUCACUUUUGUGGCGUUGGAACAGCAUGAAGCCUGUGGGCACCAGCUGCAUGUAUCACUCAGAGUGUGGCACUAAAUACUGCAGGAAAAAUAUCUGUUCCUUCUGGAUCUCCACCUGA